ACAUAAUAUUUAUGUUUAUGACGUUUAUGUUAUUUAUAUCUUAUUUAUUGUUAUAUAUUUUGAUACGUCCAUAUGCAAAGAGUACACCAAAUAUCUCCAUACGUCCUACUCGGCCAUAGAAAAAGAUCCAAUUUUUGUAUGGCCUAUGUGUGCUGUCUUUUAUGUCCUGCAUCACAUAUAAUUGAUAUAAUUUUGUACUUCCUUAGGAGAUGAGUAUAAUAUUUUCGUUCGUUCAGUACAGAAUAUAUAUUUGACAUGUUUAAUAAAAGGAUUUUUAGCAUUUUUUCAAAAUGCCUUCAUAGAUAUUCUUCAUAUUUGGGAAAUAAUGCUAAAUUUCAGCCAAGAGAAAAGUUUCAUUUCAAUAUAGUAGAAAACGUUAUGAAAAACAUUCGAAUAGAUUCUAUUCAAGAAUGGCACAAUGUGAGGCAAGCUAUAAUGAGCCACGAAUAUAACAGAGGUCAAUAUAAUGCCAACAAUGUAGAUGCUGUGAUUUUAGGACAUUGUACUUCUGUGAGAAACUAUGAUUUGGGGUCCUCCUAUAUCAGCUUCCUCAAACAAGAAAAUAUUAAGCGGAAUGUAGCAACUAGAAGUAAAUAUUUGAAAUUACUUUACUACAUGAACGAACAACACCUCAAAGAUGGUAAACGAUGUCCAAAGGAACAAGAAGAAUUGAUUCUGAAACACUAUAAUGAUCUACGAGAAGAAUUCCCAAUUUUAGAUUCUUUCACCCUUGAAAAUGCUGUUACAGCUCUCUGUCUUACCAGUCAGUGGAAAAAAUGCUUAGAACUAAUGAAAGAAAUUGAAAUAUCUACAGUCCCAAAUCAAGCGUCAUAUAGUGCUUUGAUAUCUGCUGCUUUUGUUAAUGAAGAGGAAGAUAUGGCUUGGCAACUAUUGAAUGAGAUGUUAGCAAAUAAUAGAACUCCUCUAAGUAUAUGUUUCCUCACUUACCUUGGUACGUUGAGACAGCAGAAGAAAAAGGAAAAAUUAAUGGAGAAAUUGGAAAUGUUAUUUUCAUUUUUUCAGGAGAGCGACUACAUGUGUGAUCAAGAAACAGCCAAAGUCAUUUUGAAUUUAUGCAAAGGAGAUGGUUUCAGAAACAAAUUUACUUCAAUAACUUACCAAGGAGUUUGCAAAAACUGUCUUGAGAAACUGGAUUACUUUGACUUAAAGGAUGAGGAAUUUGAUGACUUGAAAGAUAAACUCUUCAAAAAUGUUAUUAUAGGCAAAGAUGUGUUUGUAAAAACAAAUCCAGAAGAAUUGCAAAAGUUUACUAGAUUUGUCGAGGAUAUGGGAAAGUUUGAUGUGGUACUAGAUGGUCUAAAUGUUGCUUACACUGCAGGAACAAGACAACCUCCUCAAGUCUUGUCGGGAAUGGUAGCUGCAGUUGUAUCUCAUUUCGUUAACCAGAACAAAAAUGUUCUAGUUCUUGGCAGAGUCCACAUGAAUAACUGGCCGAGAACCAACUGGAGAUACAUCAAUGAACAUGCAACAGUUUUUCUUACUCAAAAUAUUUCCCAAGAUGACCCCUAUCUUCUGUACUGUGCUCUAAAUUCUGGAAAAGAUACUAUUAUCGUUACUAGAGAUUUGAUGAGGGGUCACAAGUUCCUUUUGAAAAACCCAAAAGAUAAAAUAUUAUUCAAUAGGUGGUUGACACAGCGACAAUACCAGUUUAUAACUAUCAAAAACAGUAAUAAACCCAUUUUCAGGAUUCCUCCUCAAUUCAGUCAAGUAUCUCAGAAAAAUGGAACAACCUGGCAUAUCCCAUUUGUGGAAGAGGGUGCCGAUAAUACCAAAAACGAAUUUCAUAAGACUUGGCUUUGUUUCAAAAUACAGUAGAUAUUUUUCA